CUCUAGGGCAACAGCGUUUAGAGGAAGAAGAGCAAAGAGAAGGAGAAUAGGGCAAACAAGGGAAGAAUGCCUUUCAUAUCGAAAAUAGAGAGGCAAUCAGAUUACGGUUCCUUCAACUCAAGUCACCCUAUUGUCAUUGACAAUGGCGCUUCCUAUUUCCGUAUUGGGUGGGCAGGUGAGAAUGAACCUCGCGUUAUCUUCCGGAAUAUUGUUCAGAGGCCUCGUCACAAAACCACUGGUGAAACAGUAACAGUUGUUGGUGAUCACAAUCCUGCGCUACUGAAGUACUUUGAUUGCACGCGUUCAGGACCUCGUUCAGCAUUUGAGAGCAAUGUUGUUUAUCAGUUUGAGAUAAUGGAAUAUAUCCUGGACUUUGGGUUUGAUCGAUUAGGUGCUGAUCAGUCACAGAUUGACCAUCCUAUCUUAAUUACUGAAUGUGCUUGCAAUCCAGUUCAAUCUCGUGGCAAAAUGGCUGAGCUUCUCUUUGAGUCAUAUGGAGUUCCUUCAGUAGCAUUCGGUGUAGAUGCUGCAUUCAGCUACAAAUACAACCAACAGCUUGGAAUUUGCAAUGAUACAGGCCUUGCAAUCACCUCAGGAUUUACCACAUCUCAUGUCAUCCCGUUUAUAAAUGGAGAACCUGUCUAUGAAGCGUGCUGUCGAACUAACGUUGGUGGCUACCAUGUCACUGAUUAUCUGAAGCAGCUUCUUUCACUCAAGUACCCUCAUCACAUAUCAAAGCUUACAUGGGAAAGGGUUGAAGAAUUGAAGAUGGAACACUGUUACAUAGCUGGAGACUAUGCUUCAGAGGUUCAACUAUUUCAGAGAGGGGAUAAAGAAGCUGAAGAUAAAACCAGAUGUUGGCAACUUCCUUGGACUCCAUCACCAGUCGAAGAACCUCCAUCAGAAGAAGAAAUUGCUAGAAAGGCAGCUUUGAAGGAGAAACAAAGUCAAAGAUUGCGUGAGAUGGCUGAAGCGAAAAGAUCCUCAAAAAUAAAUGAACUUGAAAAUGAAUUAAAAGGUUUGGAAUUCCUCUUAGAGGAGCUCAAGGACAUUGAGGAGGAUGAUGAAAUUGUGUCGUUCCUUGUGAGUAGAGGUUAUGCUGCUAAACGUGAAGUGGAAUCCGCUUUUGCAAAAGUUACUCAAUCACUUCGGAAGGCCAAGGGUGAGCAAGUUCCAAGUGAAGAGAAAGUGGAUAUUUCUGCAGCUGAGAAGUAUUAUCUCAUUGAUAUACCUGAUGAUGAACUUUCGGCGGAGCAGCUCAAGGAGAAGAGAAGACAAGUGUUCCUGAAAUCCACAACUGAAGCACGGCAACGAGCUAAACAAAGGCGUCUGGAGGAGGAGUUAGAAAAGGAGAAGGAAAAGAAACUUGAGGAACAAAAGCGCAUGGAAAACCCAGAAUGCUAUUUGGAGCAGUUGCGAGCCAAAUACAAAGAGCUCUCUGAAAAACUUGAGCAGCGAAAGCGAUUGAAGACAAAUGGUAACCAUGCAAAUGGCAAUAAUAAUGUUUCUGGAGGUGUUGGUCGCGGGGAGAGGUUGAAUGCUGCCCAAAGAGAGAGGAUGCGUCUGUUAACAACGGCAGCAUUUGAUCGAGGGAAAGGUGAAGAUACGUUUGGUCAAAGGGAUGAAGAUUGGCAACUCUACAAGCUAAUGAGUAGAGAUAAUGACGAUGAUGACGAUGAUAAGCCAGAUCAUGAUGAAACUGAGUUGGCUCGCAUCUCCUCUAGGCUUCGGGAGAUCGACCCUACAUUUUUUCCAGGAUCAGAAUCUGGAGCGUCUGCCUCAGAGGUGCCACGUUUCCGUCCUCUAACAAAGGAGGAUUUUCAAAUCAUACUUGGGGUUGAAAGAUUUAGAUGUCCUGAAGUUUUAUUCAAUCCCAACUUCAUUGGGAUAGACCAGUCGGGGUUGGACGAAAUGGUUGGAGUGUCAUUGAGAAGGUUGCCUAGUUGGGUACAAGGCUUGGAGGAUAAAAUGACAAGUUCAAUACUUGUGACUGGCGGGAGUUGUCUCUACCCAGGUAUGGGUGAGCGCUUGGAAGCAGGAAUUCGGAUGAUCAGGCCAUGUGGAACUCCUAUAAAGGUUGUCAGAGCAACAGAUCCAAUUAUGGAUGCAUGGCGUGGUGCUUCGGUGUAUGCUGCUGCUAUGCAAUUCCCACAGCAAACAUUCAGUAGAACGGAUUAUUAUGAUAAAGGUGAAGAUUGGCUUCGUAGAUACAAGUUCAAAUACACAAUCUAAUCGUUCAAGUUGGAACGGA